UUUUUUAGCCUCACGCACGGAUGCAGACAUUCAUCGCACAAUGUUAUUCGAUGUGAGAUCAAAAUUGGGACGAAUCGCACAUCAGGGGUACUUCUAGUUCAGACGCCGCGACGAAAAUCAGCCUUUAGAGAGCUAAGAUUCGUCAAUAUAUCUUUCAGGCACAAUGGCAAAAGUGGUGAAUGGAAAGACAGUUACUUCAGGCCAAAUGGACAAAGUCGUUAAUGGAAAGACAACUACCGAAGACAAAUCUCUUCUGAAGAAGAUAUACCAAUCUAUUCAACAGGAGACAUCAACUCCGAUAGAAACGAAGAUCAUAGGCAAAGUCCCGACGUGGUUGAAGGGAAAUCUCUUGCGCAAUGGACCGGGUAAAUUUGAGAUUGGAGAGGAUCGGGUGGAUCAUUUCUUCGAUGGACUCUCUUUUCUUCAUCGAUUUAUCAUUGAGGAAGGGGGAAAGGUCAAAUACCAGGGGCGCUUUCUUAGGAGUGAUAUCUAUGAGAAGGCAUUAAAGCAUCAGCGGUUGACCUUUAACGGUUUCGGGACACCAGCCCGUCAUCCAGAUCCCUGCAAGACCCUCUUCCAACGGAUAUUUUCCUUCUUCAAGAUUGAACUUCCUGAUAACUGUAACGUGAACUGGCUGAAAGUUGGUGAUGAAUACUACACUAUGACCGAGACUCCGCUCAUCAAGAAAAUGAAUGUUGAUAAACUCGAUGUCCUUGAUACUGUUAAUCUAGAAAAGAUAGUCGGAGUACACACAGCUACCGCACACCCUCACGUGGGACAUGAUGGAACCGUGUACAACCUCGGUACAGCCAUGUCUAGGCAAUGCAAGUACUGCAUAAUAAAGGUGCCACCUUCUAAUAACCAAAAUGGUGAAGAUGCGAUCAGCACAGCGUCUAUUCUCAGUAGCAUACCUGCUUCUUCAUACACCCCAACCUACUACCACAGCUUUGGUAUCACGGAAAACUACAUCGUCUUUGUGGAACAACCUCUUCACAUCAACAUGUUCAAAGUGUUCUUUGGUAGGUUGUUAAACAAACCUAUGUCUCACUGUAUGAACUACUACCCGGAUGCCAAGGUCCGUUUUCACCUGAUCCGUCGUGACGAUGGUACCGUCGUAGAGACACGCUACUUAGCCGAUGCAUUCUUCUGUUUCCAUCACUGCAACGCUUACGAGACCAGUGACGGCAAGCACGUCGUUAUCGACAUGUGUUGUUUUGACGACGAUGCCGUCAUGAUGAGAGCCACUAUGGAGAGUAUAAGGAGAGGAGAUCUGAACGUCGAAGACUGUUGGGUCAGGAGAUUCGUGCUCCCACUCGGCAACCAAACGAAGGUUGGAGAAAAUUUGGUAACCAUGGCCGGUUCAGAAGCCUCUGCAAAACUUAACAAUGAUGGUUCAUUCCACUGUGUUCCAGAACAACUUUGCGACAUCAAUUUGGAGUUACCUCAAGUGAACUAUGCCGACUACAACGGGCGUGAUUACACAUACUUGUAUGGCGUUGGUGGAACUAUGCAAACGCUGCACAAGGUUAAUGUGAAGACACAUCAAGUUCAGACGUGGUCUAGCCCCGGCUGUUUCCCGUCUGAACCUAUCUUCGUUGGCGCUCCAACCAAGGAAUCAGAAGAUGAUGGUGUAAUUCUAUCGUGUGUCACCAACCUCGCAGACGAUAAAGAACCCCCUUACUUGCUGGUACUCGAUGCACGUACCUUCAAAGAAAUCGCAAGGGCUGUCAUUCCGGUACCCGUCAGCACCUUCGGCAUUCACGGAAUCUUCGUAUAAGAAUCGUUUUAAGAUCUCCAAGAAAUCGCAGAGGAGCAAAAAUAUAAAUACAUGUAAUAUAAAUCGCCUGAUUAUUGACGCAUCAUUCUGUGUUAAAGACCCCAGUCGGACCCAAAGUGAAAUUGACAUAUGCCUUUAUCAAGGAAUGCGUAUAAACUCCAAAACACGUUAAGAAGCUCAAUAAAGACUGGUCAAAAUCCAUUAAUUUGAGUUUUUCUUAUAAUACUCAGUGGUCAUGAGAUGAAUGGAGCUCAUUAUAUUUCUCAUUCGUCGAUAUCACUAUUGGAUCCGGUCUGGGUCUUCAAGACUAUAAAUUGCCAUCGGCUGAGUAAAAAGGUUGUCAGUGUGAAUGAUUUCCAAUAAAAAUGUAGGCGAGAUCUUCGUUACGUAUACCAUUGGUGGUUGAUCAGAUUCGAUUACUGUUUGAUAUACUUACAUGAUUGGCAUGUACAUUUAUUGACAUUAUUAGCAUAUAUUAUAUUCAUGUAUAUUCAUGAAUAGAUAUAUUCAUGUAUAUUUCGAAUGCAAUGCUUAAAAUGUUUCCUAUAAUGGUUGUAUUUUUAAUAUUGCAUUUUUUUGUGAAAAACCAAUGCAUAUACAGUAUAAGAAAAUGACACAAAAUGUAUGUUGGUGGCUACUUUAUCCUGGAUGAGUGUGUGAAACCUAUAGAUGUACGUUCGUUGUCAAUAUAUUGUCGAUAUGUUACUCAUUUAAACAUGAUGAAAUCGUUAUAUUUUGCCUUGUUAAUUUCUUUAAAAGUGUUAAAGUUGUGCACUAAAUGUAAUUUUGGUUUUAUUUCAUAGUCAAGGUUGAUGUACAUCGUCCUUUUUUUUAUUGGCACAGAUGAAUGAUACAAAUUCAUCACUAUCUUUUUAAAUGAUUGUGUUGUUCAUGAUCACAAAUCGCACAAAGUAUUUACUAUAUAUGGAUUCAUGUAAUCCAGAUUCUGGAUUUAUUUAAUUCAGGCAAUGUACCCGUCGUUUUAUUUAAAUUAUCUCUUCUUAAUUCGUAAGUGGAGGAAUGAAUGGAAUUAUUCCUAAAAGCUCUCUCUUGCCCGAUUUUCGUUUCUUUAAAAGAAAAGAAAACGCACGGGCGUUGUUCCCGAUUGAUGUGUUUUUAUGAUGCAUAAUAUAUGGAAUUAUGGUAAAUUAUGGUGAUUUGGUUAUAGUUUUGUCAUGUUAUUUUUGGUGAAUAGUAUUCGAAAAAAUAAUAUUGUGUGCAGUGCGAAAAUGAUAAUGUAAAUAAUCUUCAAUUUAUUUAGUUACGUAUACAUUUACAUUAAUUUUUCAACUUAUUCAACUCUUACGACAGUGUAUGAUGUCAGAAAAAUCUGAGCCUUAUCAUGCUUACGGCAGCCCGGACGUUAUCAAUUUGGGGGUGUUGUGACUUUGGUGUGUGCUAAUGGUAACUGCACUCGCAAGCUCGGGAUCCACUAACAUUAUUUACAUGUACACUCAUAUCAAAAAACAAUUUUGAAAAAGUUAUUCCAUUCAUCAAAUUCACUCAUGCAUUUCACACUUGCAAUGAAUACUGAAGAGCGAGACCACAUAAAAUUUGACUUUUUGAUAAGUAUAAAUUUUCUCCUAACUGUAAAGAUUUUCAUAAACGUGAGAAUACGAGCAUCAUAUUUGUUAAGAAACAUAUUUGCAUUCUUUUAAUUUUGGGGUUUAUGUUCCAAAAUAAAAUGAUUUACUUCACGAAAACUGAGAAAAAAAUCCAAGCGUAUAACACUAUUGUUUCGAUUAUGAUUUUGCAUAAAAUUGUGAUUUCAGUUUUGAGUUUAGGAGCAAAAUUCAGCGAUGGCAACAUGUUGCAUGUAAUGUCCAUGUGGUUGCAUUUGCCGCGCCAAGAAAAUUCACUAUUUUAGCGGCCAUCCAUAAGUCUAUAUGGAUCUAUUGACAGUCGGGAGAUAAACAAUGUGCAUAUUAUAUUGGUGUAUAUACACAUGGUUUUGUUCUUUUUGUAUAAUAUUAUGACGUCGCUAUAUUAGCGCAUGUAUACAUAACCUUAUAUUAGACUAUACGCCAAAACACCGUAAUAUUAACGAAAAUAAAUAUACGAUGAUAAAUGCACCUCUGUGCCUAUAAAUUAGGCUUACAUUUGUAACCAAUAAUCUACAAAAAGGAUAAAAUUUUGAUUUUACAAUCAAUAUUUGAUUUGUAAAAUAAACAUUUCAGAGUAAUUUGUAGAUUAUCCUAUCAAUGUCGGGCAUGGUGCACAUGCAUGACAUGGGUCAUCUGUAGAGCGCCGGUCGCCUACAUAUAGGUCGUGGGAUCGAUCCCUAUAUCUGGCCGAGUCAUUUACCGAAAUGAGGGGCCUUCUGUCCUGUUGUCAGGCGCUCAUGAUGGAGACUGGUAAUAAUAACAUACUGUGCUAUGCAUGAUCCUUUUGAUAUUCAGCUAAUAGUGGAAAUGGCUGCCCCUGGCAAAAGGAAAGUGAUGAGGAAAUAUUUACUUCGGUUAGUCCAAUUUACAGGGUUUUUUUUAAAUCAAUGUACU